UGACACUGGAUCCCUCGUUCUCGACAGUGGCUUCAAGAGUUGCGAGCAACCUCAAUACCGGCUAUCCUUGGUAUAGGGCUUGCGUCGCCAAAUUCAGUUUGGGAGUCUCUCGGAGUCUUCCGCCACCACGUUUUUUCUUCUUGCCGCUUCGGCGUAAUGGCCGCUGAAGAGGUCUGUAUGGCCCCUUCUUUAUCAGGAGUAGAGGGCACAGACACGAUACACUUGGAGCAACGGAGCAACGACAGCUCCGCUGCGACAGAAAACCAACAACAAUGCACACCGGUGCCGGCGCCAAUAAAGGCGACGGCAUGCACGUACACUCCGGAAGAUCUGGAAGGAUUACCAGAACUGGCGGUCCGCCUAUUGACCGCUUGGAGGCCUCUUCUCGAGAGGAUCAACGCGGGAUGCUCGGCACCGCCAGCUUAUGAGCACCUUGCUGAGGCGACAGCUGUUGUCGACUCUGUCGCGAAGGAGCUUGCAAAGGACGUGGAGCUGAGACAACAAAUCGCUCAAACUCCGUAUAUGUGGGAGUCGCUGCGGACAGCGCUGAUCUUCACGCGCAACCAUCUCUUCUGCGUGUUUGGAGUUGGAAAGACGGGAGUGGCCUGCCCGAAGCGUGCCGAGCGUGCUGUAGAUCUCGCGACAGCCCAUUUCCAGCUCGUCAGGAACCUUUGUGCCCAGGUCCGCUCAAACCAACAGGAUGCCUGGGAACAAGGCUUCUAUGAGCCAAUGGAGGAGAUCAUCUCGUACCUCUGCAGCUGGCUGAUGUGCAUGAAGAAGGGAUGCUGUAUCAACAUGCGGGAAAGAGUGGCGAAAUGCGUCAGCAUGGGAACGCAAAUGUUGGCCAACAUGAUGACCGGCAAUCCCGAUGUGCAAGACAAGCUCUGGCCGCGCUACUUCACGGAGUCCGACCUUCUUCUGCAGCUAAUCAACACUGCCGAUGUCCAUCAACUGACCUACGUGCUGAUUUGCAUUUUGAACUGCACCAUGAUGUGUCGCGACCGGUGCAUGUACGUUAUCGGAACCGCCAUCGGCCGCGAUCUGCUCAAGGUCCUCCUGGACAAGGCCGAGCAGCUGGCAACCGUGAACUGCAACGCAUUCGACUACGUCUACGCAAUCUUCCGGAACAUGAUUGAGCUCGAUAUGACUCCCAACAUCAUGCAUGCACUAUGCCAUGGGCGCGAUCCGAAUCGAAAGCACGUUCUGUUCCAGCAGCACAUCACAUACCUCCGUCUCCUGGAUGGUCUGAUUGAUGCGCAGCCGCACUGCGACUCACAUGACCAUUCCCCACCGUCGGUCAUGCCAAUCGAUUUAGGGAUCGAUACGUUGGUCCUUCUGGUAGUCGUCCUACGCAAGACGGUCGAUGCCGUGCGUAGGAACUUGGAAGAGGUCAAGGACCUGACGGUGAUCAAUGAAGCGCCGCGAUCAGUAUUCGGGCUUGACCUAGAGGGCAUUGCUCUCCUUUUGCAUUGCAUAGGUCGCGUCGCGUCGGAACUCGGACCGGAUGCCAAGAUUAAGCUUAUGAAUGCCCAUCUUGGGAAAUCGUUAAUAGACCUCAUGCACUUCCUGAACAGCGUACAACCGCGCUCAACCAUUAAAACGUUGCCUCCUACCCGUCAAAACGUGUCGAGUCAAAGCAGCUCUCACGCGAGCACGCCUACCGCCUCAUCACCCACUCCACCCUCCACACCUCCCAUGGUCGCCCAGCAGGAGCCUACCCAAUCUCCGUUCUUCAUGCUCAAAUGCGAUGUGAUCAAGAUCAUAUCAAACUUGAGUUACGAGGCAAAAGAGGUCCAAGACGCUUUCAGAUUGUUUGGAGGCGUUGAAGCCGUGCUUAGCCAGUGUGCGAUCGAUGAUGACAACCCCUUCAUCAAAGAGCAAUCCAUUCUCGCCCUCCGCAAUCUCCUGGACGGCAACCCCGCAAACCAAGCUCUUGUUGCCUCCUUACGGCCUCAAGGCAUCGAACCGUCAUCGCAACGCAUCCUCGCCGAAGCAAACCUCUCCGCCCGCGUUGACGACGCCACUGGUAAAGUGCGGGUGGGUCCAGCUGCAAGUGACACGCGUUCGCUACCUCCAGUGAACUUCUCUCAACAUCGGGCUACCAGCCGGAUCGAGUCGCAGGACACUCGACCUGCUAGUCGGGUUGAGUCGCUCGACACGGACGAGAGCGUCGAUGGGGAUGAUUACGUUGCGGAGAUGACUCGGCAAGGGGCCAGGGUGGUUGAGAUCGAGUUGUGAACAAAGAUUCCAACCGCCCGUCAUAUCUACCCCAUGCGAUGUCUGAACCCAUCAAUCACCAAACGGCUUCGUACGUCAGGAUCCUGGCGGUCACCACUAUUCGUCUCAGUUUUGCCCCCCAUUUGGAGGUUCUUCCCUUAUCCUCUCUGCUAUACCAAGUUUACUGUCACAGUGUAGUCGCAAAGUUGCGGUUAAUUUCCCUGCGUAUGUCGCCCUUACCCUUCCGCGUU